CAAUGCAUCAGGACCUUCCAAUAAAUUAAUUAAUAAAAUAAAUUAUUUUACUUAUUCAUUAAUUAAAAUAAAAUUAUUAUGGGAACUGGUUAAAAAUUCCGUUACACUCCCUCAUAACCACUCAACCAAAGUCUGGCAGCACUUUACCGAUAAAAAGCGGCUAAUCAGCUGUCAGCUAAAAAAACUGUUUUGCAACAACUUUUUUGGAAAGCAGUCAGGCGAAAUGUUAAGGGAAUUAAAAUUUAUACUACAACGUUAUCCACACCGAAUGGCAGCGAUGACAGUGCCAAGUGGAACGCAACGAAUAGUUGAACGAACUAAUUGGAAAACCUACUGCACAGACCACAAAAAAUCUUCCAAAUUGAAUGAGGAUGAAGAAACUCGAGAAGCAAAUGAUGAUAAAAAUGAACAACAACAAAGGAAAAAAGCACCUCCCCGAACAUUUGUGCCAGCAGUUAGAAAUCCAUUUGCUUCAGCUUCGGAAAAAACCAAAGAUGUUUAUUUAAGCAUGGUCAGUAUAUUCACUGAACGUGAUGUACAUCGACGCAAUCAUGUCGAAUUCAUAUACGCCGCUAUGAAACAUAUGUCGGAAUUUGGUGUAGAACACGAUUUGGAAGUCUACAAGGCCUUGAUUAAUGUCAUGCCCAAGGGGAAAAUGAUACCGAAAAAUUUAUUCCAAGCUGAAUUCCAGCAUUAUCCCAAACAACAACAGUGCAUUAUCGACUUACUGGAACAAAUGGAAGAUUUGGGCGUUAUGCCCGAUUAUGAAAUGGAAGCCAUGUUAUUAAAUAUUUUCGGCCGUCAAGGCCAUCCGUUACGCAAGUACUGGCGCAUGAUGUAUUGGAUGCCAAAAUUUAAGAAUGCGUCACCUUGGCCUCUGCCCAAUCCUGUCCCAGACGAUACCCUGGAAAUUGCCAAAUUGGCUGUGGAACGUAUGUGUACUGUGGAUAGUCGUUCACAGAUUUCCGUAUACGAUACGAAAGAUGUUAAAGAUGCUUUAGAUCAAACGUGGAUUGUUAGUGGUAUGAGUUGUGAUCAAGCUCAACUCUUAAAAGAGCAUCCCCGCAAUAAGGCUUUGUAUAUAGAGGGUCCGUUCUUAAUUUGGCUAAGAAAUAGAUCUAUACAUUAUUUUACCCUACGAGCCGAUCCCGAUAUGGAGUUUUUGAAAAGUCUAAACAGCCAGGAGGAAGAUGAAGAUGAUGUUACACGUCUAAAUGUACCAUUGUUUGGAAGACCUACCACCAAAAAGCAAUAUCAAGUUGGUAAAGUUCGUUCAGUACAUCAACAAGAUGAUGGUACAAUUUUUGCUAUAUGUGCAACUGGAACAUCAACCAAAGAUUCCCUCCUAUCCUGGGUCCGUUUACUGGAAGUUAAUGGCAAUCCCUCUUUAGGUGAAAUACCUAUACUAUUUCGUUUUCAUUCUAAAGUUGGGGAAAAAGCCAUACAAAUUGAAGGCCAAACGGAGGGAAUCAACGUACCGAGUAAAGAUAACAACACAACUGAGGACUUAACAAGAUAGCAAAUUGUUUAAUGCAUUAAAUGUUAAUAGAAAAACACUGUUAAAAAUUAAAUAUUUUAAUAGUUAAAUACUAUUAUGAAAUUUUGUUUAUUUUUUUAAUAUUUUAUUUAAAUUAUAAUUAUUUUUUUUUUUUUCUUUGAACACAAAAAAUUAUAGAGAGCAUUGUGUAAUAUAUGGGAUAAAAUUCAAAUAUUGUAGAGUCAUAUACGUAAAUGUAAUUAUAUUCUUUUAUAUACAUACAA